CUGUUAAAUAGUAGCAGUUUAUUCAAAAACCAGUAGCACUUCACGUUUCUCCAACUGCGGACGAUUAGAAGAAACACAUAUAAUCACAAAGAAAUGUCGUCCGGAAGUUCCUUAAUCAAGUUUAUGGGCCUCGCCAUAGGUAUCAUUCUGUUAUCAGAUGCCACUAAUGGAGACAGUAUUACUCUCUUCGAUUUUACAACUAUAAGUAAUCUGGACAAUUGGAGUGAACAAUCGGACACUGUAAGAACUGUGGGAAAAUCGAAGGCGACCUUGGUCUUAGAAACGACCCAAGUCUUUCAACGAGCAAUACUUUUCACAUUAUUAAACGUGCUUCCAAGUGGUGCUGCCUUUGCCGGCAUGAGAACACGAGUAUCUUUCGAUCUGUCACCAUAUGAAAAUAUAACGAUAACAUGUAGAGCUCAGGGAAACAAUAGCAAUUAUAAGAUUGUGCUGCGGCAUGAGAAUUUAACUUCCAACGCAGAUCCGACCUACGAAGCAUUCUUCGAAGUUCCUACACUUGAUAAGGAAUUCCAGACCGUCAAUAUACCCUUGACGGACUUCAAAGCAUACUUUCGUGGUCAGGAAGUACCCAAUGCUAAAUCAUUGAAUACCGCAAAUAUAACAAUGUUCGGCUUGCAAAUGUAUGCCGGGGUUUAUCUACCCAUUAAGCAAAGCGGUGUCUCGUCCUUGGAGAUAGAUACUAUUAGUGCUACCUCAUAGAUAGAAGGCCUAUUUUGUGCCUCGCUCAUAAAAUCUCUUCGAUUUAGCAGAUGUUACAAUUUAUGCAAAAUUAAUUAUACUGCUGUUAACUUCACUGACUCGAACUCGAACCGUUGUUUAUUUUAAUUUGAAAAUUCUGAACUAGUUUCAUGGGAUCGUCAAAUCUAUUUAAGGUAUUACUACGGACCGAAAAAUAACAAAAGUUUCAAUGUAAGAUUAGAACAAUCCAGCGUCAACUUUUGAACUGGUACAGUUCACUCACACACGCCCAUCCCUGCAUCGAUAGGCGCACACUAAUGUACAUUGGAUCCCCCAAAAAACACUUACGUGUAAAAAACUACGCCAAGUACAGGAUUGCUGUGAAUUCCUCUAACAAAAAGUAUUGAUAUCAUAUUAUUGAGGCCAAGUACAUA